ACAUCCUCAGCCGCUUCCAGAUUCGACGAAUGGAAUGGAAGGCGACGGCAGCCGAACAAUUCCUCGUCAGGUUGGCAGUCCACGAGAAUAUGCCCAAGUAUUGCAGCACGCAGAGAAAAUUGGGGGAAAGCCGGGCGAAGAAUGUGAACGGGUUGACGUCAGCUGCGCAGUGGCGGUGGCAGUGUGGCGGAAAGAUCGCAGAUAAGGAGUGCGAGUCGAGCGACGACCAGAUCCCUGGGCUCGAGAUUCAUCCGAGAGCGAGCAGAUCCAAGCGCUACAGACUUGGAUUUCGGAGGGGGCAACGAAUUUGUGUGCAGUGAGUUAGAACGUGAUGAUUUUGUGGUUGAGCUGCUGAAAUUGCUCGUCGCCUCCGCGUGCUGUCGGGCUCCGGCGCGACUGCAGCAGCUGCUGCUGCCGAUGGGAGAGAGUUUGGCGGAUGCACGAAACGUGGACUCGAUCCGCCCGCACUCAUCCUCCCCUCGAGGCGAGCCAUGCCAUGCCACGCCGAGCUCGAAUGAGGAGGCCCUGGCGCCAACACAGAUCUCCCGUCCCGCGCCUGCGCCUGCGCCUGCGAAGUACGACGCACUUGAGUACGGUAGAGCGCGAGUGAGCGCUCAGAUGGAACCCUGGCGAAGAGAGCAAAUUUUGUGCACCGGAGAUCGGACUACUACCGCCACCACCACUGUCACCAGCUCUACUCUCACGACGACCGACGCUUUAUGGUUUUCUCCAGGUCCCAUCGGAGCUUACAAUCUUUUGGCGUGACGUUUUGUAUGGAGUUAAACGUGCCUUAAGUUUUUGAAGGAGAGAAAACACUUUGUGAGAGUCCGACGGCACCAUGCCAACGCGCUCCUCUGAGACAGGGAACCUUUUAUGUACGCCAGGUCAGAAAUGUGGAGAAAGAGAAGUCAUUUGAUGGGCCAGAUGUGAACGCGAAAAUAUCAGUUGAAACAUGGACGAUGAAAGUGCCUUCAUAGACCUAGCAACUCCAGCUGAAGACCCAGUAGUGUCUGUGCCUUCUGCGCAUUCUGGAGGGUCUACCAUUCGGUCCAACGCUGCGUCUCCAACUGAAUGUGUGGCCGGUGUGCACCAUGGAGCAGCAACCAACAGCACUGCUCAAUCAGCCAUCACGAGGACAGGGACAUCCCCUCUCGGGCCCAUGCACCUGCCUCCAAACUCCCCAUCCUUGCUUCCGCUGUCCCCUCACAUUCCGUGUCUGUGCAUGGCACCCCCCGUUCAGGCCAUGACUAACUACGUUGCGAUGCCUUUCCAUGCAUCUCACUCGAUGCAUGGAACCCACCAACCUCAUAUUCCCCCGGUUGUAUUUCCAUCCAUGACCUCUCCAGCACUGCAGCAACGGCAGGAAUCUCAAUCUCUGGUGCAAGAAAGAGACUCGUCGACUUUCGAAAACCAUCACUCUGGGCCAGCUUCUAGAACUCGUAAAAGGUCCAGGAAUUGGGAAGCCUGGGAGAUUUUACUCCUCAUUCAAGCCAAGAAAGCUGAGUUCGAACGGUACUGGGGCCACCCAGGACGUGAGCGCUUGGAAAACAGCGCUCAAAAAUACAAGAGGAUCGUGGACUACAUGCGACAGCACCGGGUUAUGGACAGGGAUGCUACCGCAUGCAAAAACAAAUGGGAGGCACUCUCAGGGGAAUACAAGGUUAUCAAAGAGUGGGACCGCAAGCCAGGCAAUCCGACAUAUUCUUCUCUCAGUUUUCAAGAAAGGAAGCAAAACAAUCUGCCGACUUCUUUCGAGACCGAGGCUCAGGAGCUCAUGGACUCGUUCCAGGGCAGCAGACAGCACAUGGUUCCUCCGUCUGUGGUGGAUUCAACCAUCAGACACUCCAUGAGUGCUGGGGGCACGAGAGCAAUCACAGUCGUGCCGCCUGGAGCAGAUUCGACCGUCAGGCAUUCUCCCAGUGCAGGUGACGGAGGCGAAGGCAGUACUGCCGAGGACGAGAGGGAGCAGGUGCCGCCGACCGAGGAGCCCGAGCAUAUAGAGAUAUGGGCCUCGGGGAAGAGGAAGAAGUCGUGCGGGAAUGUGGUGGCUGCCUUCCAAGAAUUGUCGCAAAGCAUCAUGCGGAUUGAGAAAGAAAGAGCAGAUAGGGCUAGAGAGGCGAACGAGAUGGCCAAGGAUGCACAUUUACUGGAGAUGCGGAAAUUUGAGUUUCUGCAAAUGAAAAUGGACAGAGAAGACGAAAGAGCUGAGAAAUUUGUAGGAGUUCUAGGAAGCAUUGCCGGAGCCUUCCAUAAGAUGGCCGAGAAGAUGUAGGUUUUGCUCUUGUAGUGAAAGGCAUAUGUUACAGUUGCUUGGUGCCCAUUUUGCCGAGGAAGCACCAAACACCGAGAGUUCCGAGCCCGCAGUAGAGGUUUUCAACAAUUUGUUCGAACAUGUGACCACAGACCAGUCGUCCUGAUGAUGUAGAAACGGAAGAAAGAGCUUUUUGUAGGGCCCCAGGAGUUUUGUUUUCAUUGUGGUUGUACAAUUUCCCGAGAGAAUUCCAAUUUUUCAGAAAGCUAUUGAGUUAGAAUCAACAUUAAUCAGGUAAAGCUUAGAGCUCUCCUGAACCCACACUGACAGAUGGUCCGACAGCCACUCGGGCAGUUUUGCCUGAGCACACGAAAUGCUUUUGUUUUAUGUACAUGAAACUUCACAAUUAAAAGGAAAGUUUAGCGG